CACACACACACACACACACACCAAUUGCGAUCGGCGACCGACGCCGCGGGCCAUUUGUUGUUGAGACGCGGCGCCGUGGACACGUCUACGAGACAGUCAUGGCCCAGUGGACGGUGCAUGCGUUUUUGGCGGCGUUCUGCUGUUGCCUGAUGGCCGCCUUGCUGUUGCCGCAGCCGGCGGCCGGCAUGACCGUCGUCGCUGCCGGCGGCUCGCGCGUUACCGCUGCGGCAGACACCGCCGCCGGCGUAGCCGUUCCGUCGCCGUCGUCCGCCGCCCGGAGCAAGCGAUGGUCCACGACGUUCGGAGCCAACUCGAGCAACAAGAACGUGACAGUUAAUAAUGCAGUUCAGGAUUGUACUACAGACACUGAUUGUUUAGAUACGCCAUUUACAUCUUGUGCGCUUGAUCCUAGUGACAAGAAAAAAAAAUGUUUGUGUGCAGAUGGAAAACUGCCAUUGAAUGGUGAUUGCUUAAAAAAGCCAAGAGGACCGCUUUUUGUUCCAGCAUUAAAAACAUCAUGCGAAACAGACGUGGAGUGUUUGCCAAAUGCCAUAUGUAAAAAUAACGCCACAUUAACGAAUCCAAGAUUGAAAAUAUGUGCGUGUAAAGACGGUUUUACCGAGGAAAAGGAGUCUUGCAACUAUGCUGAUUUAUUAACUUUCAAUUACACGAUUUUGUUGAUCGCAGUUUUCACUUCAUGGAUUUGGAAUGAUCGCCGUGCAUAAUCAUAGUAGACUUGAAAAUGUUUCUUCUAUACUUACACACUAUUUAUUAUCUAUUAACUAUAAUAUUUUAUAUUAUACUUCACUAAAUUGAUGCACAAAUUAAAAAUAUUAUUUUAAGGUCCUGUUAUAUUAUUACCUUACAAAUUAUUUGCCUAAUUUUAGUUGAAUUAAUGUUUCAAUUUAUAAUAUAAUAUAUAAUAUACUAAUAUUAUAUCAUUUUUUUAUUACACAUUAUUUAAGAUUGAUAAUACAUAAGUGAAAGGAUAUUACAUAUGUUGCAUUUUAAUUUAAUAUAACUUAUGAAUAUAUUGUACAAUUUGUACUAAUAUGAAUACAUUUAUUAUUAUAAUAAUUUACCGAAUACAAACUCAAAUUAAAAAUAAAAUCUUAAUAAUUAUUUAUAUUUACUGUUUGAUUUAAACUGUUGUGUAUACAAUAUAUAUUAUUAAUUAUGCAUGUGGAUUCAAUAUGUAUAUGAUAUAAAUAUAUAAUAUAUUUAAUAUGAUAAACUCUGGCCGAAUCGAUAAAUGUAUUGAUUUUAUAAUGAUGUGUAUUUUUGUGUUUUCAUCAUAAUAUGCUAGAACAGUGCUCGGAAACCUUUUUAGACUCUCCGACCAAUCAAACAUUUUUUAUUCUUAAAUUAUUGACUAUGAAAAAAUAUACUGUUAAAGAUUUUAAAAUAAUAAAAUGUAUAUAAAAAAAAAUGUCGUCGUUCAAGAAUUUAAAACGGGCAGCCGACCACUAUUCUAGAGCUCUAAAAUGCAUAACAAUGAAGGGGUGGUUUCCGGUAGAAAAUUUUAGUCGAAAAUUCUGAAAACGUAAUAUGAGGUUUCUCAUAAUUUUAUCAUAUUAUUCUUAAAAUCGAAAAAUCAAAGAAAUAUAUUUUAUUUUUAUAAUUCUUUAAAGUUAUGAUUUUGAUGAAAUUCGUUUAUAUAAAAUAUAUGUCAAUAAUAUUUUUAUCUAAGAUUUUAAAAUGUAAUGCAAAGUUCCUUAUUAGUUGUUAUUAUUGCAAUUAAAAACAAAAGUUGAAUAUAAUUCAAUAAAACAUUUGUAUAUUUA